GUGGGCUCCCGUUAAGCCGAACUCGCUUAAGCCGAAUUUCCGGUUAUGCCGAACAAAUUACGGACAUUUGUUUGUUUUCCCAUAGACGCCAUGUAAAAAAAAUCCGCUUAACACGAACAGACACCGCGGGCACUUCGGAUAACCCAAACUUUUCCGGCGCCCGCGGCGCCUGUAAACGGGCUUCGCCGCACGCACGGAAGCGAGGAAGGCACGUGAUGCUGUGCACACGGCACCUUUGGGGCUCAGCUUCCACCACCCCCGCCACGCAGAAACACUCUGUGGUCGUUUCGGGCUCAAUCUUGAUCUGCACAUAGCGAUCGUUAUAGCUAUUUUUCAAAAUUUGCGCGCUCAUUCCGUCACGCGCAUUGGCCGUCAACCGGGGAGCACGAGCGUUUAGCAAGCAAGUGCACCAUAACAUGAAACCCAAACUUUGUGGUGUCUUUUGAUGUGCAGGCAUUCGGAAUACGUUGACAUGCGCACGUGCGAUUGCGCAAUUCGCGUGCAGUCUCCGGGGGAACUGCCGUUCGCGUGCUGUUAGGGCCCAUUCUAUCCGCGUGCGCAGCAGUGGGCAACCAGCGGCUUAACGCUUCAGUAGGUGGCCAAACUGGCAGGAAGUAAGCUAUUGUAUGCUGCCAUGUUGCCAAUAUGCCGUUUCACAAUUGCUACCCUGUCUUUGACAUUUUCUAUGACACUUUUGGGUCCUUCUGUUAAGAUGAACUUCUGAUAAGACGAACAAAUUUCCGCGGUCCCCUCGUGUUCGUCUUAACGGGAGUUCACUGUACUCGCUUAUUUGAGGCAUAAUUCGUCAAAUGAGAACGAAACAAAGUUGAUGGCAGGUAAACUGUGGAUGUUAUGCCCAAACUACGAUGUGCAGCAAUUUUUUUCAGCGAUCGUUCCAAAGUAUCCCUUUAAAGGUUAUUGCGACACUAACCUACGUAGAUUUUGCACCGGUGAAGACAUUACGAAUGACAUCAGCAUGGUCAUUGAUGUUCUUGAUGGAGUCAAGGUUUUACACUACACUUUUGAAACCUGGGUCUUAACCACAUUCGGACCUAGGGCUACAUAUAGCUUGCUGGUGCCUGUCACAGCACAUGUUCACCAUUCUUGCCUGCAACUUCUCAUUUGACUCGUUCAGCCAUGCUUCAGCUUCAAGCCUUUCUUUUUCGACUCUGCGUGAACGCUGUGGUGUGAGCAAAACUUUUUCCUACUUUCUGCUGCAUACAAAUGUGUAGUGUUAAGACAUCCCCCUUUGCCAGUUACGGGACAGCUGAAAUACAAGCAAGCUAGUGAGUAGAAUUGAUGAGAGAGACCCCUGAGGCUAGGACCGUUGUCGUCUGUGUGUGUCCCUUUGCCAUUAUGGAAGGGACGCCGAGACACAACAGGCGCUUACAUUCAACAUUUCAGUGCAUUUCAGAGCAGCUUUCAUAUUUUAGAUCCCCAUCCACCCACUGCAGAUCAAACAAGCUGCAAGUCAUAAUCUGAUCCAGGCAUAAAAGCCCAAUUUGUGGCACUCUGUUUAGUCCCUUGAAGCCACAUGUCCCUUAGCCACAUGUCUAUCAGCAUCAUUGUCCUAUGGUCAGGGUAUGGCCAACAGGAACUUCAUCUCAUUCAGGGAGGAAGAAGAAGAAGAAUGUUCCUUUGUGCUAGCACUGCCAGUCUGUGAAUGUCCCAGGCCACAGAUCUUGAUCUGUUUGCGAUCAACACAGACCGCUCCCUACACGACCAGACACCCAAUGAGGACUUUGGUAACAUUAUCGCCUCGUGCUUGUUACUGGCAUCCGUGUUUAGUGUCCUUCUGGCGGGAUCCCUGCUGUUCUACAAGCUGCUGUCAUCCGAGCCAUCCGACACCUCCGACAGCCAGUACUGCCGUACUGAAGACUGUAAGCUGAUUGGGUGGAUGUACUCCAAAUACAUUGGCCGCGGGGACAAUCCGUGUAAUAAUUUCUACCAGUACGUUUGCCAGGGAUUCGAAGUAAGUGUCCUUGGCGCCAUGGCAACCAACUUGUCGCGCAAUAUUUACGAGGCGUUCAUCGAGCUAAAGACUCCUCGCAAGAACCAGACUGCACCGCAGAAAGCUGCUUCGUUUUACCAGCAAUGCUUGGUUGCCGCAAGAGUCGCAAAGAAAGAAAAUGGCAACCUCCUCGCUACAUUUUUCCGUGACCUCAAGCUGUCCUUCGACGUGUUGCAGACGACGGACCCGAUAGAUACGUUGGUCCUGCUAGGGAUGCGUUACGACCUUCACAUCUUCUUCUCUUUUGCUUUGAAGAAACUGACGCUGAUAGCUGAUGACUACUUGUUUUUGGUGAAGGAGAGUGCCCUCUUCGACGCUUGGCGAAAGAGACGCGCAUCCUAUCUUAGAGUACAGGGCCGAUACAGUGAAUACGUACAAAACGUAUUAGAUGGAAUCGACAUCACGGAGAAGACUGAGCUUGACAACGUGACGAGUCGAAUCCGCUCAGUGGAAGAUGAGGUUAUCAAAGUCAGGAGUCAGAAUGACGGGAAACAUAAUUACAUCACAGUUCGACUCUCAAGCUUUCUGACAGACCCGGCACUGCUGCCUCGGUGGGACGCUGCUCUCGAGAAACACACAACGUACGUGUUACCUUCAAACUACUCAGUCUCCAGCGAAGAGCAGAUGUACACAUUCCUUAACAACAUAUUUGCGAUUGACACGAGUCGACUGAGCACUUACAUCACCUGGGAGGCAGCUAGGCAACUGUCCGUUUUGUCCGGUAUGGUCGCGGAUCCAGAUGUGGUUUUCAACAGCAACUACUGCUACGCGAUGACGUUACGGCUCUUCAAACACGCCGUAGUAUCGCCUUACCUCAUCUCGGUCAUAGAUAACCCAAAACUGGAUGCCGUUUCAAACAUCAUCACAGAUAUCUGGGACAGCGCCUCUCAACGCAUGGCAGAGUCGAGCUGGUUGGACAACUCGACAAAGACUGCCCUGUUACGGAAGCUCCACAGGUUGAAAUUUGUCGUGGGCUAUCCGACCGGCAUGAGCACCGCCCUGGGUCUGGAGCUCCUGUACUCCGACUACCCCGACAUGACAGGUCCUUAUCUUUCAGCACUGCUGAAAGCCUCGCGCGCCUACAGCAGGAGCCUUCUGAAGCACAUCCACGCCUUUCCCGACGAUCUAGUGGCAGCGGAUUUUAACUACGACUCCGUCGGCGCCUAUUACAUCAGGGGCAACUACGUCUACAUUCAAGCUGGACUCCUGCUACCACCCGCGUACGUUCACGGGGCACCACCCGAAAUUAACUACGGCGGACUCGGUCACGCCAUAGCCCACGAAAUGAUGCGCGCGUUCGACGACUCGUCCAGGAAAGUUGACGAGUACGGUAAUGAAAUCGCCUGGUCAGCGGAAAGCGACAAAACAUUUAAGGACAAGAUGGAGUGUCUCAACAGCAGCAGCAUCAUCGCGACCCCGAGAAGGCAGCGCGUAUUGCGCGACGACUACGAGCCCGACGCGCUGGCAGUGAAGUCACUUUAUGAGGCCUACAGGAUGGCUGCCGACGAUUCUUCCCUCAGGAUCGAGGGCCUGGAACGUUACACGAGCGACCAGCUGUUCUUUAUUAGCAGCUGUUACUUUUACUGCUUGGGCAGGGCGGAGAGGAGAAUUUCUCGUCCUGCGCGCCCGCAUCGCUGCAAUGUUCCCUUGGCCAACAGCGCACAGUUUGCCACGGCGUUCAACUGUGCACCUGGAACUCCCAUGAACCCUACAACGAAAUGUGAAAUCUGGUAGACGUGGAAGUGUGUAUUGAAAAGACCCACAAGUAUGUGGAAAGGUGUCUCAUCUUCACCUUGCUGACAAUUUUGUGCAACUGUGAAUAUUGGAAGAUAUAUAUAAGACAGCUUCAACUCAAUUACAAUACUGCACAACUUUCAGUCCCAUUAAUGGUGCGCAAUAAACCAUAUCAAAUACA